UCAGCUUGUUCAUCAUGUGCACCAUCCUGACAAACUGUUGCUUCAUGGCCAUGUCCGAGCCGGAGUACUGGGCCAAAUACCUGGAGUACACCUUCACAGGUAUCUACACGUUUGAGUCUCUCAUUAAGAUCCUGGCCAGAGGUUUCUGUGUGGGACCGUUCACCUUCCUGAGGGACCCCUGGAACUGGCUCGACUUCAGCGUCAUUGUCAUGGCAUAUGUGACUGAGUUUGUGGACCUGGGUAAUGUGUCAGCCUUAAGGACGUUCAGGGUGCUGCGAGCGCUCAAAACCAUCUCUGUCAUCCCAGGACUGAAGACCAUCGUUGGGGCUUUAAUCCAGUCGGUGAAGAAGCUCGCUGACGUGAUGAUCCUCACGGUCUUCUGCCUCAGUGUCUUUGCACUUAUUGGCCUGCAGCUCUUCAUGGGAAAUUUGCGGCAGAAGUGUGUGCGGAGCACGGCACACUGCUUCAAUGACACCUUGCCAGCCAACACCUCCUUCUACUGCAACAACAAGACCUGGGCCUCAAUCAAAGACUUCACCGAAGAUGAAGACAACUUCUACAAGGUGGAGGGAGCCAAGGAUGCCUUAAUCUGUGGGAACAGCAGCGACGCAGGAAAGUGUCCGGACGGGUUUGUCUGUCUGAAGGCAGGAAGAAACCCCAACUAUGGCUACACCAGCUUUGACACCUUUGGGUGGGCCUUUCUGUCCCUGUUUCGUCUGAUGACACAAGACUACUGGGAAAACCUCUACCACCAGACGCUGCGUUCGGCCGGUAAGACCUACAUGGUGUUUUUCGUGGUGGUGAUUUUCCUGGGCUCCUUCUACCUGGUCAACCUCAUCUUGGCUGUCGUCGCCAUGGCGUACGAGGAGCAGAACCAGGCGACCAUCGCCGAGGCCUCCCAGAAAGAGCGGGAGUUUCAGCAAGCUAUGGAGAUACUGAAGAAAGAGCAACAGGGUGCCACCCAAAAAGCUACCGACUCUGACUCGUUGAUGUCACCAGACCUCUCUCCUUUCGGCCCACCAACGGACAGCUUUGAGGAGCGAAGGCGGAGCCAGGCGCUGAUGGGCGUGGGGGACGUGGAGGCGAACCUAUCUGAGGAGAAGCUUCUGCAGGUGGACUUGACUGAUGGUGGAAAGCCGCUCCACCCACUCCUCGCACGCUCCUUUUCCACAAGGACGCGGAGAAGCAGUCAGGUCUCCUCCAUCUUCAACUUCCGACUGAGGAGCCGAGGGUCGGAGGGAGAGAUGGCCGAUGAUGAAUACAGUGUACCGGGCGACGUGGUGGAGGGCGUCGGUAGUCGAACCUACAGCGGAGGAACCUUCAGCGGCAUCCUGCCCCAACCGUGGCCCAAACGGAGGCCGAGCACCUACAGCACGGCCAGCCGGAGCUCCCAGGUUUUUUAUCCGACUCUAAACAUCAACGGGAAGCUGUUUGUUGCCAUGGACCAGAACGGGGUUUCCCCACCGCCACUGCAGGGGCAGCUGCCUGCUUGCACCAUGGAGAAGGUCAAGGAGGAGAGUGUUCCCACGUCCACCACAGAGCUCAGCACGAUGCUACUUCCUCGGCCUUCGUCCACGCAGGACUCGGAGCGCAGGGGCAGGGCAAUGAGUGCUGCCAGCUACCUCACCGACGUCAUGGAAGAACUGGAGGAAUCCCAUAAGAAGUGUCACCCCUGCUGGUACACGUUUGCCCACCGUUACCUGGUUUGGGAGUGCUGCCCUAUGUGGCUUAAGGUGAAGCAGCUGGUGAAGAUCAUGGUGAUGGACCCCUUCCUGGACCUCGCCAUUACCGUCUGCAUUGUCCUCAACACGCUCUUCAUGGCCAUGGAGCACUACCCCAUGACUGAUGAGUUCAAUGGCAUGCUCACCAUCGGGAACCUGGUGUUCUCCGGGAUCUUCACAGCAGAGAUGGUGUUGAAGAUCAUCGCUCUGGAUCCAUACUACUACUUCCAGACUGGCUGGAACAUCUUCGACAGCAUCAUUGUCUGCCUCAGCCUCAUGGAGCUCGGCCUGUCCGAUGUGGAGGGGCUCAGCGUGUUGCGCUCCUUCAGGCUGCUUCGUGUUUUUAAGCUUGCUCGCUCAUGGCCAACUCUCAACACGCUGAUAAAGAUCAUCGGGAACUCUAUGGGCGCUCUGGGCAACCUGACGCUUGUCCUCGCCAUCAUCGUCUUCAUCUUUGCCGUGGUCGGCAUGCAGCUGUUUGGAAAAAACUACCAGGAAUGUGUGUGUAAGAUCUCCAAGGACUGCACUCUUCCUCGUUGGCACAUGAAGGACUUCUUCCACUCGUUCCUCAUCGUCUUCAGGGUGCUGUGCGGCGAGUGGAUAGAGACCAUGUGGGACUGCAUGGAGGUCGCAGGGCAGCCGCUCUGCAUCCUCGUCUUCAUGCUGGUCAUGGUCAUCGGAAACCUGGUGCUGUUGAACCUCUUCCUGGCUCUGCUCCUCAGCAGUUUCAGCUCUGACAACCUCUCGGCUCCAGACGACGACGGGGAGAUGAACAACCUGCAUAUCGCUAUUCACAGGAUCACCCGGGGCCUGGCCUGGUGCCGCAGACAGGUGGUGGAUUUUUUUAAUGGGAACCUGAAGCGUCGUCGUCAGAAGCGAAAGGAGGCCAAAGCCAUGAUGAAGCUGAAACGCCUCAGUACCAUCCACACGGAGGCCAACGGUGCUGUCAUAGGGCGUCACGUGGAGAAGUACGUGGUGCCGGAGGAUGACAGCUACAUGACGAAUCCCAACCUGACCAUCAGCGUCCCCAUCGCCCCCGGAGAGUCGGACGUAGAGUUCCCAGAGGAGGAAGAGGACGGGGAGGGAGAGGAGGAGCAGACUGAGGGUUCUGAGGAAGAAGAGGAGGAGAGGGAGGAGCCGAAAGACGACAUCAGCCUAUCAGAGGGCAGCACAGUGGACCUGAGGAAGCCUGGAGAGGAAGAGGAUGAGUACUCAGAGAUGGCUGAAGAGGCGAUGGACCCUGACAACUGUUUCCCAGAUAUGUGCGUGGCCAGGUUUCAGUGCUGCGACAUCGACACCACCGUAGGUCUUGGACAGAUGUGGUGGAGGACGAGGAAGACCUGUUACCAGAUCGUAGAGCACAGCUGGUUCGAGACCUUCAUCAUCUUCAUGAUCCUCCUCAGCUCCGGAGCGCUGGCUUUUGAGGACAUCUACAUCGAGCAGAGGAGGGUGAUCAAAGUGGUGCUGGAGUACGCCGACAAGAUCUUCACCUACAUCUUCAUCCUGGAGAUGAUGCUCAAGUGGCUCGCCUACGGCUUCAAAAAGUACUUCACCAACUACUGGUGCUGGCUGGACUUCCUCAUCGUUGAUGUCUCAUUGGUCAGUUUGGUAGCCAACACAUUGGGUUAUUCAGACUUAGCAGCCAUCAAAUCCCUGCGGACGCUGCGGGCCCUGCGGCCCCUCAGAGCCCUCUCCAGAUUUGAAGGCAUGAGGGUGGUGGUCAACGCUCUGAUCGGCGCGAUUCCCUCCAUCAUGAACGUGCUGCUGGUCUGUCUCAUCUUCUGGCUCAUCUUCAGCAUCAUGGGCGUCAACCUUUUUGCCGGGAAGUUUGGCCGCUGCGUCAACAGCACGGGCCAAGUCUACGACGCUUCUGCAAUCAACAAUAAGUCGCAGUGCGAUACCUACAACGACACCUCUACGCACUACUGGAGCAAAGUCAAGGUCAACUUUGACAACGUGGGUGCCGGAUACCUGGCCCUGCUACAAGUGGCAACGUUCAAAGGCUGGAUGGAUAUCAUGUUCGCAGCGGUGGACUCGAGAGCUGUGGAGGAGCAGCCUAUCAAGGAGAUCAAUCUGUACAUGUACCUGUACUUUGUCAUCUUCAUCAUCUUCGGCUCCUUCUUCACCCUCAACCUGUUCAUUGGUGUCAUCAUCGACAACUUCAACCAGCAGAAGAGAAAGAUAAGAGGACAGGACAUCUUCAUGACCGAGGAGCAGAAGAAGUAUUACAACGCCAUGAAGAAACUCGGCUCCAAAAAACCUCAGAAGCCCAUUCCCAGACCGAUGAACGCUCUGCAGGGCUUCUUCUUCGACCUGGUUGGGAAGCAAGCAUUCGACAUCAUCAUCAUGGUGCUGAUCCUCUUCAACAUGAUCACCAUGAUGGUGGAGACGGAUGAGCAGCCUCCUCAGAUGGAGAAAAUCCUGAACAACAUCAACCUGGCCUUCAUCAUUAUCUUCACUGCUGAGUGCCUGAUCAAGAUCAUGGCGCUGCGUUGCUACUUCUUCACCGUUGGCUGGAACAUCUUCGACUUCGUGGUGGUCAUUCUCUCCAUCGUGGGGAUCGUGCUUGCUGAUAUCAUUGAAAAGUACUUUGUGUCGCCCACACUGUUCAGAGUGAUCCGACUGGCUCGUAUUGGACGAAUUCUGCGCCUCAUCAGAGGCGCUAAAGGCAUCCGGACGUUACUGUUUGCGCUCAUGAUGUCCCUUCCUGCUCUCUUUAACAUUGGACUACUCUUGUUCCUUGUCAUGUUCAUCUACGCCAUCUUUGGUAUGGCCAACUUUGCCUACGUGAAACGGCAGGGGGGGAUCGAUGACAUGUUUAACUUUGAGACGUUUGGGAACAGCAUGAUCUGCUUGUUUCAGAUCACCACCUCUGCAGGAUGGGACAGCCUUCUCAGUCCCAUUCUCAACAACUCCCCUGAGGAGUGCGAUGCCAACAUCCCCCACACUGGCACCACCGUCAGGGGGAACUGUGGGAACCCAUCAGUGGGCAUCACCUUCUUUGUCACCUACAUUAUCAUCUCCUUUCUGAUUGUGGUAAACAUGUAUAUCGCCAUCAUCCUGGAGAACUUCAGUGUUGCCACUGAGGAAAGCACUGAACCCCUCAGCGAAGACGACUUCGAGAUGUUCUACGAGGUCUGGGAGAAGUUCGACCCGGAGGCCACGCAGUUUAUCGAGUACUCCAAGCUGUCCGACUUUGCUGACUCGCUGCUAGAGCCGCUGCGCAUCGCCAAGCCUAACAAGAUCAAACUGAUCUCCAUGGACCUGCCCAUGGUCAGUGGAGACAAAAUCCACUGCCUGGACAUCCUGUUUGCCUUUACCAAGCGUGUCCUGGGCGAGUCAGGAGAGAUGGAUGCCCUCAAGCAGCAGAUGGAGGAGAAGUUCAUGAUGGCGAACCCGUCCAAGAUCUCUUAUGAACCCAUCACUACAACUUUGAGGCGCAAGCAGGAAGAAGUCUCCGCCACCAUCAUCCAGAGGUGUUACCGCAGACACCUUGUGAGGCGACAGCUGAAGGCCGCCUCCUACAUGUACCGCCAGAUCACCACACCUCGGCAUGCGGGAGGUGAAGGUGAACAAGGAGGUGAAGUAGUGUUUGGGGAGGAUGCGCCUGAGAAAGAAGGGCUGAUUGCCACCAUGAUGAGGGAAAACUACGGCUCAAGCAUGUUAGGGAUCGAGCGCUCAGAGACGAUUUCCUCCACCUCAUCUCCACCUUCAUAUGACAGCGUAACACGGGCCACAUCCGAGAUCUUUCAACCGCUCGCUGUCAAGACAGAAACUGUUGCCGACACUGCAGGCAGCGAACAAAGUGAACAAUCGCAGUCAGAAAUCACCCAUGACAGACAGCAGGAAACGACGCCAUAGCAGGAACAGAAAAGCAAAAAAAUAAUUAACAAAUGAGGAUUUUCUCAUUUGAGGUUGGCCUGUUUAUUCUUUUGUUUACUGAAUGUACCAUAGCUGAGAACGCUGAAGCGGCAGCAGAAAGAAGCUAUGAAGAACUACGAGGAACCUGCAACAUGGAAGAAUUACUACCUUUAAUGUCAUUUCCUGUUCCCUGGAGAAAUUCCUGGACUGAGAAACAAGUGUUUUGGGAGUUUCCUGAAGGGAAGCAAAACAACUGCGAAACAGCGAGGGUAACCCUGUCUGUCAGGUCAACUCUGCCUUUGUUGGAGUAAUAGACAGUAAAGGAAAACCUACUCUUGGGUCAACCAGAACUGGGAGUUUGGAACAAUGACUGACCUUUCACCAAAGCUACAGGUGGUCAGAGGGGGCAGAGCAACUAUAUCACAAAUGUAUCCAUCAUUUUUUGGCCUGGGGAGUUUGUGCCUUCCCACAGUUGAUCAAUAUUCUCAGAGGAUGUUUGGUUGUAAGAGUGAUGGCAGUGUUUCUCAACACGUUAAGGGUCGAUGGCGUUGUGACUGACACUCGAGAGAGGAGGGAAAAUAAUGACAACGUGAUUUCAAAACAAUGUUUUCGUAGUAAAAGUACGUUGUUGAUGUUACCAGUCUUUUAAUAGCGGUACAAUUAUUACUAUUUUUUAUAUUUUUUAGAGUAAGUUGAAGAAAACCAAUUAGCAGUCUCUCUUUUGACUUCGGAGUGGCACUAGCUAUGAAAAAGUGGCUGAACUACCAUGUUGUUAUAGAUGAGAGGAGAAGGUGCGGUCAGGAAAAAAAAAUCUCAAAAACCUGAAUCUUCAUCUGUUUUUGUUGGCAGUUUUGCACUUUUUGAGUUUACACCUGCUCUCGCUUUACCGCACCUGGGCGAAGGCACAGUGUAGAAGAGCCUGGGAUUUCAUUAUUUUUCUUCUCAAAACUUUUUGCGAUAACACCAAAAAAUGACACAAGUGCACAAUGAGAUUUUCUACACGGUCCCAAACUCUUCUAACACGCAUCUUUGCCCAGUGGUGGACGCCCUCAUACUCGGCAGUUUGUUGGCUUGUGGGUGAUUUGUCUAAAAGUCAUGUUAGAUAUUCCGGCUUCACUUCCCUAUAACCUGAAGCAGAAGAGUCCUAUUUCUGCACUGUCACCACACUGAGUGGGGAGAAAAAUGAAGCUUACUGGCUUUCAUUGAUUGAGGAUGCAUGAUUUAGGAAUAAGUUGUAUGGAAUGCUUUGAAAAACACCUGCCUGGGUGGAAGGAAAAUAAGAGGCUUGUCAACUGUAGUGUUAUUCUCCUAUGCCAAAAAUAGUCAAGACUGCAGGUGAAUUUACUCUUUUUUUUAUAUUAUUCAGUUUAGUAAAAGCAUCAGACUGCUGGUUUAACACCAGCCUAGCACAAAUUCAAAAUAGGUUUAAGCAUGCAGCAAACCACCAGUCUUUGCUUUUUAACAACUGAACAAAGACAUGUAAUAUUAAUAAUGAUGAUGAUAAUAAUAAUAAUAGUCGUAGAUUUUAUAUAGCUUUUUCCUAACAAUGUUACAAAGCGCUUCAUAGAAAGAAUCAAAAAGCAAAAUAAAAACAUCAGAACAAAGAGGUAAAACAAACCUACAAAAAUGACCACAGGUCAGAAGUAAAAGAUCAAUUCAAAAGGAAGUAAGACAGCAAUAACAAGCGCAGAACACUGAUAUUCAUGCAGGACACCUGUUAGCCUAUUUUAAUGCCAUGAAUGCCUCCUUUCAUUUUUUUUUCUUUUCCUGAGAGCAUUUGAUGUCUCUGUACAAACUGAACAUUGUCAACUUUUAUGACAAAUCACCCGCUGUCAUUCAGCAUCUGUCUGGUCUGAGUUCGGCUCGGCACAAACUGGCUUUAAGGUCCUGGUGGUGUCAGCCAGCUCUGACUACAGAGCGACAAUCAGCUCAGCACAUCUGCAUCAGGAUUUCUCCCCAUUUGGUUUCAUGAAAAGCUAAAAAGGUCACACUGACUCUCGUGUUUGACCAUCACCAGUGUCCUGGAACAACCUUAUCUUGAAAACUCAACAGCAAUAUGACAAUGUUGAAGAAACCAGAGACUGCACAAAAGGCACUGAAACUCUGUUACUUUGUCAAAAUUUUAGUAUUUUGUUCCUGACUAGCUGUCAGUGUGACAGAAGUAUGAAUACUCUUGGUACUGUCAAUGAAUAAUGCAAGAGGUCACACGCCUCCCUGCAGAGAUACAUUUCAUGUAAAUGAGGCUCAGUAAUUCACAUACAUUUUGCAUUUUAACCAAAUUUUAUCGGAAUUUGGUUGCAAUUCAGUCAGAGAUCCAGAAGGGGGCGCUGGCAAGACUGUCUUUAGUGAAAAAGGGUGAAUGGAGCUAAACAGCUAAGUUAAUGACUUCUACCUGCUUCCAUUCAAAAACAUCUAUAUUACUUUUCAUAAAUCCAGCAUCAACAGCGUGUCUGAAAUUAAUCAAAACAACACUUAUGUUCGGUUUUUCUCACAGUGAAGCCGGUUUUGCACAUUAAACACUAGCAUGCUGCUAAUGGGUGCUGAUUAGUUGGUUAAGCAAUUGGGAUGGAACGUCCUCCCGCCAUGGCAGCAGAAACCCCGUCAGAAGUUCCUAUGUCGUGAAGUUGUGAAUCUCUAAUAAUCACAGAAAGAGAUUCUACUACAAUAGAAACCUGUGAAAAAAAAAAAAUCAAAAAAUCGAACUCCACUCAUUGUCUUGAGCCCUUCUACCGAAAAAAACAUGCAAACUUUGGGAAGAACAUUUUUUCCUCGAAAAAUUUUAAUUUUUGUUCUACUGCCCAAUUCACUCUGGAUGAGCUCAACACCGCCCCCUAUGGAACGAGAAGACCACAGAGCUCUCUGUGGUGCUGGAAGUUCAGCUGCCAAAAUAUAUGAACUAUUUACAACUUCAGAUUAACCCAUAAACCACAGAAUAACAUCUUUCAUUUUUUUAUCCCAGUUGUUCAAUGAUUAUACAUUUUGGGUUUAUCCAGGACACUGAAAGCUUUUCUGCUUCAUUUUUUCUCCAAAUGAAGCGUUUCAUUUCAGUGUGAGGAGAUAAAUUGGUGAAUUCUGACUCCCACGUGGAGAUAAUUUAUAGCUUUAGUUUUUACUGAAAAUAUCAAUCAAUUCAAAGUGAAACUUCUGUGGUGAAAUAGGUGUGCUCAUUUUUCUAGGUGCAGAUUUUAUAUUCAGCACAUUGAAGAUUUGAUGUCAUUUUUUUCCCCCAAUGAUUGAAAAAUCAACUCUUCAAAACCAAAACACCGCUUCGUUUAUUUAUUUAUUUAUUUAUUCAUCGACUUUUUUGGGAAGAUUUUCAGGUCAGUUGCUUUAUUUUUAUUUUAUUUAUCUUUUUUAUGAUAAUUAUUUUUGCAUUUUGGCUGGAGGAGGAGAGGAGGUCGAGCAAGACGGCUCUUUAUCUAUUUUGCACAGAGAAACAAAAAAAAAAAACACUAACAAAACAAACACAAACCGCGUCAAGCAAUAACGGUUUGCAGAUACCUUUUAAGUGAAUUCUUGGGUAACGCUUGACUUUACAGAUGCUUUUUCUCACUGUAUGUGUCUGUGGAUUAAAGGGAAAAAUCCCACACUAACACUUUGAGCAUUUGGUGGAAUCUGAUUAGCCGGAUGCAGCACUGACAGCGUUACUGUGGACUUACAGACACACGGGUCCAUACAGUGGCAUGAAGCCAACGUGAAGCAGCGUUACCGCUUGUUUUUAUUAAGACGAAGUGUCAAAGUGUGCGUGUACAGCAUUUGUUCAGUCUGCUUCAAUAUUUCAGACAACCUCUCUCUCUGUCUCUGUCGUUGUGGUCAUCCGAGGGAUCUUUACUAAACGCUUUCCUAGACUAAUUUUAAAAAGGAAAAAAAGUAGAAAAAAAAUUUACUGGCACCGUCUGGACUCUAUUUCUACUAGAUUCUAUUGAGAAUAGAUAACGAUAUAAACUAGGUAAAUACUAAUACACUGCUGAACUCUGCUGCGAGGCGUAUUUCAGGUUGCAGUUGUGCUGAAGGGCUGUUUUCAGUAGCAAUAGACCCAGAGUGUGCCUGCUACACAUGAACCCCAACACUCCAAGCCAUGCUUUACCAUUGGUUGAUUGAUAAUAUGCUUGAUUGAUUGAUGAGCCAGUUGAUUUUUCUGAUUUCUUGACUGGUUUCAUGUUUGGUUGGUUGAUGAAUUGAUUCUUAUGGUUUUUGAUAAUUAACACAGUCUCCACAGUCCCCUCCCCUCCAUCACUGCUGUGACUCUUCCUCAUAACGAACAAACAGCACAGAGAGCUAACAGGCUGACGUCACUUUUAAACUGUCAAAAAGGUCCAGAUUCACUAACGUCUGCAGGGAAAAGGGUGCGGUUUUGUCAGGAGAGCACUUGCUGGCAUGUAAUUCCAUACUGGGAUGUUAAAAUGGAGACUGCUGAAUAAGAAAACAUCCAGCUGUUUAAGUCCCAUAAACUGCAUAUAAAAGAUGAACAUAGCUACCAUGAAAUCCCUUACUGGCUUGCCAAGUCUCAUUUUUCAAGUUUCAAGCAGGAAGGCUUGUCCAUCUUAGGCUUUUGAAAUGUCAUGAGGCAGGCAAGCAGGAUUAGGCCCUCGCUAACCUGUAUGCUGAUCUGACUGUUUCACUCUAAUAGGGCCAUAGUUUUCUAAAUGAACGCCAUGUUUUGUUCAAUAAGCGACUGAGAGAAAUAAAUUCGUCAGGAAACUUUUAAGCAGUUUAAGUUGCCGCACCCUGUGAUUGCUUUGGUUGCUAGCAGAUUGCUCAUAUUUUGCAUGAAAUACGUCAAUACGUCCGCUAACACUUGCCAACUACUCACGAGCAGUAAUAAAACCAAGACUGUGGGAACUCGUGGCGUUCUUCUAGUAACCAAAGCAAUUGCAGUAAAGUUUUCAGUCCAGCAGCAUAUACCUCUUUGAAAUUGAGUUCACCUGGAGAUGUUGGGUGAACUCAGUGCAAAAGAAUGCAAAUUUUCCUGUAGCAACCUGGCUGGUCUCCAAGCUUAGGUCUCUGACAGCAAAAAUCUGAUUUUCUAACAGGACUAUCAAUUAUAAAAUGAAGAUCAUGUUUUAAUCUGUAAGACUUGAAACUAUCGACUGUGAUCAUAAAGGAUAAGUAAACCGUUUACAGAGCUUAUAGAUGAAAUUUCCAGUAGACCUGUACACUCACUACCAAAUUUGGAACAAAGACAGCUUCACUAGAACUUUAAAAGAGGAAGGGUUUUUUUUUUCUUUUUCUUUUUUUUCUUUUAGAGCUGGCUUGAACCCUUUCAGAGGACCAGAAAGAAAAACAGAAUUUCGUCAGAGUGUUUCCAGGUCAGUAAAGAUAUCAGCAAAGGGCUUUUGUAGAAAAGAACAGUCAUCAAAUUAAAGGCUCAGUUAUUGGCAUUAGUCUACUAAGAUUUCAAACAGAGAUGCGCUCAUGAACUCUUGAAUCCCGUUUUCAAAGAUUGUUUAAAUCCUUCCAAAAUUACCUAAAACUAUCAACAGAAUGCAUGUAAAACAUCAAUACUGUGCUCGAGAGAUAUCAGAUGAAGUUGAGCUGUCUUUGUAGUGAGUCAGUGUAGCCUUUAUUUAACCAGGUGACUCACUCAAAGCAUAUUCAUAUUUACAAGGACAGCCUGGGAAUGGCAAAGCCUCGAGAGUCUGCAAGAAACAUACUCUAGUUGUUGCCCCUGAUUAUGGACGUUUCAGUUCAAGUUUACAAAGGUAAUUAGAAAUAGUUUAUUUAAAAUUUUCCACAUGAUCAUUAAAAUGGACACAACAGGAUUCAUCAGUAGAACAGGAGGCCCAGCUUUAAGACAAAUCCAUUUUUUAUGCUUUGAGAAGCUUCUUGAAAGCUCAAACCUCCAGGGUUUGCUACUGGAGGCAUCCUGUUAACAGCGUUGUAGUUUGUGCAAUGCCAGUCUACAGCUGCAGGGUGAUAUUACUUGGUGGAUACUGCUUGGCAGCCUCAUCCUGACAUAUCCGGCUCUCUCAAACUGAUAUUCAGUAUUUGCUGCAGUGGAAAAAAGAAAAGUGAACAAGCUUUUGUCAGAGUGUUGCUUCAGUGAAUCUGGACCUCAGACUUUGGUUUGCACUGAGCACAAAAACACAUUCAAACACUUACUGCAAUCACUGGGACAGUUGGCUGCUCAGAAGUUUGUUCACCUGAAACAAACAAUGAAGCAAUUACAGCAGCAAAACAAAGAGCAGCUUCAGCUCUCUGUCCCUGAACAGUCUGUACAAGGGAAAGUAACAAAGCCUUCUAAAUAACCUCCAAAAUGUUUGAGCACUCAGAAUGAAAAACAGAAAAAAAUCCGUCUGCUUUAUGGCUUUUCCUGCUCUGAUAUGAUAAACUGUUCAAAGUCUGAGCAAAUUAAACACCAUCUUUGCUCCAAGCUGUGGGUCAGACCAUGUGGUGCUACUGAGGGGUUUGGAAGAGUCCAUUUUAUGAAGGGAGGGGAGUGUUUAAAACACAAACUGAGAAUCUCUGCUCCUUCUUGCCUUCUUUCCCCUGUUUGAAAACCAAAAGCUGCUUCAUCAUCCUCGAAAUAAAACGACAAACACCUACACGGAGGAAAUGCACAGAAAACCAGAGGUUUCAUUGUUCUCUAUUAUUGCUAUUCUUACUAUUAACUGUGUGAUAAAUGCAAUACAACAGUUGUGUAAACAGGCAGUGAGUGCUGUAUCUUAUUUACAGUAUGAGGAUAAUAAAAAUUAUGCUUUUGUUUUUUGUUUUUAAAUUAUUAUUAUUUUUCCCGCUGUCAUGGGUUUGGUUUUUCCAGGCAUCUUCUCACUGCUUAAACCACAGUCGUCCCAUUUACACCGUCACUGGUUUCACAGCGGGUGACAAACUGGUUUGCAGAUUUCCAGUGUCAUAUCAGUCCCAAAGAAACCUCAUAUCUUGAGAAAGUUGCCUUUUUCUUAGGAAAGGGGGGGAGUUUGAAUAUUUCCCUUCCUGACACCUCUCGAAUCCUCUUUUAUUCCACACGAGAAAAACAGGAACAUUUCUCUUAUUGUCACCUUUGGGAUAAAAUGAGGCCACAAAUAGUAGAAGUUGGAAAAUAUGCUUCACUAAGUUGACGAUAAGAGGUUUCACGAUACAAGUAGUUUUAGUGCUUUCGCUGGAAAACGUUAAACUUUAUAGCUGGAGGGUUAAAACCUUGUAACUCCUGAAAUUUAAGGCUUGAAUAAAUACGGAAAUUAAGAAAUAGCAAAGUAAUGAGCACAACUUUUAAAGUCCAAAUUGGAACAGUGUCCAUCACAGUUGUGUCAUUUUCUAAAAACACAAAAACCAAAAACAUAAUAAGUUACAAGGUUUUCCUCUGACUUCAGUGGUACUCGCCGGUGAAACCUCGGUGUAAAGGAGGCGAAAGCCGUGCCUCAGUGACCCCACCCUGGUGUUUUAGAGACAAUAAUAUUUACAAUUAUAAUUAUAAUAUGAAUAUAUAUAAAUAUAUAUAUACUUUUUAGUACUUUGAGUUGAAAUACUUUUUAGUAUUUUGCAAAUACAUGUCUCUGUAUAUAAAAGAAAAGC